AUGCAAGGUGGAAAUGAUAUCUUUGAUAGUGUUGUUGAAAAUUCUUUCUAUUUUCUUUUUAAUACAACAAUGAUUUGUAUAAUUAUAUUAUUUUUAUCAUGUGGAUUUGGUGUUAUUGUUAUAAUAAGUAAUAUAGUUGCUCAAAUAAUUACUUCAGUGGGACAAAGUAUUGUAGCAUGGAUUAGGGUGAAAAAAAAUACUACUUCAAAAGACAUUCCAGAAAGUAUUUUAGAAUCAUCUUCAAGAGAAAGAAUUAAUUUUCAAUUAAAUGACACUUCAAUGAUUAACAGGACACCAUCAAAUAUGGAUAGUAUACAGUUGGAAUCAUCUUCAGAUGCAGGAAAUGCUUCUUUAAAUUCAGUUGAUUUAAAUGAUAGAACACAUUCUGAUACAAUUUUUAGUGAAUAUAAUACACUAAAUAAUACUCAGGCUGCAAAAUGUUACUCUACAUUUUCUACAAAAAUUAAUACUAAUACUAGUAUAUUUUCUCCUUUUGCUUACAGUAAGAAGCCAAAAUAUAUUGUAUAG